AUGGUAUCAAGUCUACUUGCUCGUUGCAUCAUCGUAACAAUCGGUACACUUUAUCCAGGUUAUCGAUCGUACAAAUCGCUAAUUACUUCAGAUUUACGUGCAGUUGAUUGUCUUCGAUAUUGGAUUGUUUUUUCCAUAUUUAUCGCAUGUGAAACAGUUACUGAUAUUGUUCUUUCAUGGUUUCCGUUCUAUUAUUGGAUUAAAAUCGCAAUCGUCUUUUGGAUUGUUUCACCGGCAGGCUCAACAUUUUUGUAUAAACGUUUUAUUCAACCAUUACUUAAAGAACGCGAACAAGAAAUCGAUCAAUUGAUUGAACAUACGAGACAAAAAAGCUAUUCGGCAAUCCUUGAUCUGACAAAUAAAGGUUUUCGAUAUGCAUCAAAUGUAUUUUUAAAUACUGCUGUAUUGGGCCAGACGUAUCUUGGCGAACAUCUCAAACGAUCAUUGAGUACAAGUGAUAUUAGCAAUAGCGGGGCAAAGAAUGCCAACAAUCCACCCGCAACAUUGUACGAAGAAAGUGAAGAAGAUGUAGAAUUUACUAGUCGAUUGAAAGAAGAUCAAAAAUAUCUUUCCAAGGGAACAAAUCGCAAACCAUUAUCGCAUUAUCAAGAGAAACCAGAUGAGUUUUCCGACAAUCCAUUAGACGAAUAUGAAAUGUCAAAGGUUAUGGCUCGUCGAGGACGAUCAGCAAAUAAAACAAAUUCUAAUGAAAACCACGUCGAAACUACUUCUAAACGGCAAGUAAAACAAACCAGCACAACGAAACGAUCAGCCGCCGCGAAAACAGGCGCUUCACUUGAACGUGCUGUGAACAGUUCCAAUGAUACUGACGACGAAGUCGAUAAUAUGCGCAAAAGAACUUAA